GCUGACAACAUUCCUCCCUACGAAGUUGUGCCCACAAUGCGUCCGGUGGUCCUCAUAGGCCCCUCCCUGAAGGGCUACGAAGUGACUGACAUGAUGCAAAAGGCUCUUUUCGACUUUCUUAAACAUCGCUUCGAGGGCCGGAAGUCUUAUUCACUCCUUUUGGAUUUUAUCGCGCAGUCACUCGGCACAAAAGAAGGCUAUCCUGUUGGUGCUGUCGCGGCGCGAUUGCUUUCUGCUAAAACAUCGUCAGUUCAGUGCAAAAUUAUCCGCGUCACGGAUCUCCAACUUCUGCUGAACGGCAUUUUCGAAGCAUCUCCCUACCAGGUUGCAAAUCCUCCCGGCAACAUAAUCUACACGACAGAUGUGGAGUCUUGGUGGCGAAAAGGCGAGGAAAAACUACAUAGAUUUCUCAACGUCUUUAAGGGUUUGGAUGGCCCUUUUUACAAGUUUUUUUCCUUUAGAAUUAUCAUCACACGAGUGACGGCGGAUAUUUCGUUGGCAAAGCGUUCCCUUCUUAACAACCCGACACGCAGAGCAAUCAUGGACAAGGCAUCUACCAGAAAUCAAUCUUUCGGUAACUACAUAUGCGCCUGUCUCUUGGGUCUCACUCUCUUUACGGCAGCUCAAAACAGCCAUGGGUAUUUCUCUACCUUUUUUUCAGAGGUGCAGCAGGAGAUCGAGCGCAUCUUUGAUUUAGCGCGAACGCAGCAGUUGGUGGUGCUGGACUGUGACACCAUCAACCAUCCCAGCCAACUGGCAAAGACAUCGCUAGCGCCAAUCAAUGUCUACGUCAAGGUCUCCUCCACAAAGGUGCUUCAACGACUCAUCAAGACCCGUGGAAAGUCCCAGUCGCGCAAUAUGAACGUUCAAAUGGUGGCAGCCGAAAAACUCCUUCAAUGCACCAAUGUAAGUCACUGCCGUGUGUGUGUGUGUGUGUGUGUCAUUAGUCUUUCCAGAGAAGUUCAUUUACGUCUUUAA